AUGCGCUUCAUCGCCACAAAGCUCCCCCUCCUCCUCGCUGCCUCGGCCACUAUCGUCGUCGGCCAGGAUCCGACUACUACAGGAACUGGCUCUGUGAGCACCGGUUCUGUUAGCCCGGGCUCUUCGAGUAAAUGUGCUGCGCAAAAGGUCGUCGACCAAUGCAUCCAAAACAUGAAAUUCCAACUCGAAAACUGCGCUACAUAUGACUGGGACUGUCAAUGCAUCAGUAGCACGAAUGUCGUCGACUGCUACAACAACUGCCCCGAACACCCCGACCGAAUCGGCGCCCAAACAAUCCGCCAGCAAAACUGCGCCAACGCCCGCGCCUACAGCCCCAGCACCACAGCAUCCAGCCCCUCCUCCACAGCCACAGACAAGGACUCGGACUCGUCCAGCAUGUCCGCCAGUUCGUCUGCGUAUGCGUCCGGUUCAACCAGCACGCCUAGCGGCCUGCAGAGUCAUAACAAGAGCACUGAUGAGGAGAGUGAUAGUGGCUCUAGCAGUGAGCCGACGAAGUCGUUGACUGGGCUGGAGGCGAGUUCGAGUCCGUCGGCGGGUGCUGCGGUGAAGGGGGUUAGGGUUGCUGGCGGGUGGGUUGCGUUUUUGGGGUUGGCGUUGGGGGUUUUGUUCUAG